UCACAAAGAACAAGUUUACAGUUGAUAUCAUGGCAUUAGAUGUAAAGUCCAAGAGCGAAGCGAUGAAAAAGCUGGACUUUCUGGGUGAAGGACAGUUUGCUACUGUUUAUAAGGCAAGAGACAAAACCACAAACACCAUUGUAGCAAUCAAAAAGAUAAAAGUGGGACACAGAACAGAGGCUAAAGAUGGCAUCAACAGAACAGCUCUUCGAGAGAUUAAGUUGUUGCAAGAGCUCAGUCAUCCAAACAUUAUUGGUGUAACUCCUGGAUGCUUUGGACACAAAUCUAAUAUUACUGUCUUUGAUUACAUGGAGACAGAUCUUGAGGUAAUCAUAAAGGACACCAGUCUUGUACUGACACCAGCCAAUAUAAAGGCAUACAUCCUCAUGACACUACAGGGUCUGGAAUACAUGCACAAUCACUGGAUCCUGCACAGGAUCUGAAACCCAAAUAAUUUGCUGCUAGAUGAGAAUGGAGUCUUGAAGCUUGCUGAUUUUGGCUUAGCCAAAGCCUUUGGAAGCCCAAACAGAGUGUAUACACAUCAAGUUGUCACAAGAUGGUAUCGGGCUCCAGAGCUGCUCUUUGGUGCUAGAAUGUAUGGUGUAGGUGUGGACAUGUGGGCAGUUGGAUGCAUUCUUGCUGAGCUUUUACUCAGAGUGCCAUUUUUAGCUGGAGAUUCAGACUUGGAUCAGCUGACAAAGAUUUUUGAAGCUUUAGGAACACCAACAGAUGAGAUCUGGCCUGGGAUGUCGAGUCUCCCAGACUAUGUGUCAUUUAAGCCAUUUCCUGGCACUCCACUGGAGCACAUCUUCAGUGCUGCUGGUGAUGACCUGCUGGAGCUUCUGAAGGGGUUAUUUACCUAUAACCCCUGCUCACGUGCCACAGCUACACAGGCUUUGAAAAUGAAGUAUUUCAGCAAUAGACCAGGACCAACCCCAGGCCCUCAACUACCCAGACCAAACUCCUCAACAGAAGCCCUGAAAGAGAAAGAAAACCUGCUGAUCGGAAUCAAGAGGAAACGUGACAGUAUUGAACAGGGUACCCUUAAAAAGAAGCUGGUGUUUUAAGUCAUUUCAUGCAGACUUCUCCCACUGGUGUCGCCGUGGUCCUGAAUGCGCUGUUUAAUGGAGUUACAGAAUGAAUGAACGUAUUUAUGUGUCAUUUAGUUUUUCAAUUAUUUUUUUAUGUGAUACAAGAAAUUAAAUUAUGAAAAAAAAUCUA